AUGGCAGCGCUCGUGGGCUACGCCAGCAGCGACGAAGACGAAGAUGCUUCCCCGUAUGCCUCUUCCCCCAAGGUAAUCCCAUAUUCUUCUACUUCUACCAUGUUUGAGUCUCACAAUCUAACACACGAGCUGAAAUCACCUCCCACAAAGGACAUGAAACUGGAAAAGGCCACAAGAGAGAACUUCGAGCAAGGCCAAGGUGUCAAGGAAUCCGCUUCAAGUCAACCACCACCACCUCAAUCACCUUCAACUCGACCAGAACCACCUGAGUCAUCCCCAAGCCUGCCACAAAGACAAACCAUCGGCCCUGUACCCCUCGGCCCAUCCCUUCCACCGCCAGAGUCCAUUCUCGCCGGCCUGCCUGAACCGUCGGGGACAUCCACGCCAUCCUCGCCGUACACAGCAGCCCGCAGCCUCAUCCACGACCUCACCCUGCCUUCAGUCGCAAACUUCGACAUCCCCCCCUCCCCGCCAGGCUCGCCACCUCCUCAAACAACGUCCAAGUUCCGGCAGUUCCUCAGCCUCAAACGCCAGGGCACCCAUUUCAACGGCAAGCUCGAGCAGUCUGCGGCGCUGCGCAACCCUUCUCUCGCCGAUAAACUCCUCUCCUUUGUAGACUUGUCCGGGACCGCGCAGUACGAAACUACCUUGCCGCUGGAAUUGUACGACCCCAGCGGGUUUCCGGAGUGGUCACACAGGGACAAGCUGCGCAAGGCAAGAGAAGAAGUGGUAAAAGAGAGGGAGGACAAGACUGGCGGGAGGAGUUCAAUUGAGUUUGUGAGCGGCACUGUGCAUUCGCCCAUCACGGGAGGAGGCAUCUCAAGAGAAAAGAGGAAGGGUGGAUGGAAAUAA